GCGCCAGGUCAUCCGCUAGCCAGGUCCGUAGGGCAGGCUGGGAGAAUUCUGCGGUCGUCAGCAUGGGUAGGGCAGGGCCUGCAGGGCCGUAAACCAUAAGCGGUGACGUGGAAAUGGCGAACACAAGUGGGCAGCGCGGGCAGGCUUGAGCCUUGGGAGCCCGAAAAAAGGGGGCGUUGUGCGCUGGCUUCCACCGAUUGGCAUGAAGCGACGACGGGGGGCUUCUUGGGGCUUGCCCGUGGGCGCCGCCCCGUUCCGUUCUACUGCAACAGGUGCUCACCAGAGGGUUGGCACAGCUGUGCGGCUGAGGCGCUACCACCAACCGCACUAGCCAUGGCUUUUCUACAAGAAGCUCGCCUCGCGCGACAAGUCUCAAGCCCAGGAAGUCUAGUCUCUCACGGCGACUUCAUCGGUUGGGGCAGCUAUGCAAGCCACCAUCUUCUGCCUAUGGGCCGUCACGGCCCUGACCGGCAGCCAGGCACACAUGUAUAUGGAAAAGCCACCAGCACUGGGCGGCUUUGACAACUCCAUCACACAGCCAAAGGACAUAGACUACGCCAUGUCCUCCCCACUCGACCCGCACGCAAACGGUACCGACUUCCCGUGCAGAGGUCAUCACAAGCUCCUCGGGACGCCAUCGGGCGCCAGCGUGGCCAAAUGGCAGGCGGGAAGUACGUACGAGAUGGUUAUCAACGGGAGCGCCCCUCACGGUGGCGGCAGCUGCCAAGGCUCACUGUCCUAUGACGGCGGCAAGACCUUCACCGUCAUCCACACCUGGAUGGGGGGGUGUCCCGGGAUGGGCCCUUCUCCCUUCAAGUUCCAGAUACCGCUGGACGCGCCAUCAGGUCAGGCAGUUUUUGCCUGGACCUGGCUCAACCGAAUCGGCUUCCGCGAGUUCUACAUGAACUGCGCCGCAGUCGAGAUCACCGGCGGUGGCGGCUGUGGAGAAAAGGUCGCGUUUAAGGAUCGUCCUGCCCCGUUCGUGGCUAACCUCAACAACGGGUGUUCAACAAUCGAGGACAUCAACCCUGUGAUCCCAGAUCCGGGGCCCAACGUGGAUAAGACCGGGGAUCAGUUUGCCGAUCCGGUUGGCAACUGCACUGUCGCCAAAAGGGCAGCUCCGACAACGAACGGAGCCUGCACGUCACCAGGGUCUGGACGUCAAGAUCCAACCACAACACCAACAGCAGGCGGAUCGAGCCCCAAUGCAGCUGAACAAAACACCCCCAGUAUCUCUCUGGUUGGCGUCAUUGCGUUGAACGUUGUCGCGUGUUGGUUGUUCUCCUGAGUCUCGCAACCGGGGCGUCAAGCUUUUCAACCUGUCCGUGCCUCUGUCAGGACAGGCGAUGGGAUUGCAGGCUCCCUAGCUGUGCUCUUCGGGUUGGAGUUCCCAAGAUAGAUUGCCAGGUGUGGUUUAAUGAUAUUCAUAAUACCAAGGCGGGGUUUGAUUUGAUGGCGAGACUGCCAGGCUGAGACAAUGAGCUGAAGGGAACAGGAUCUGUCGCAAAUCCAUUUGUGAAUUGAAUUCG